GCCACCACCAACAACUUUGCACAUACAACAGAGUGGCCUUGACACCGGUCAGGCAUCCUCCUAGUCUGUCAUAACACUUACUUGAUAUUCGCAUGUCUUCUGCCAUUUACUGUUAUUCCUUUUUUGACCCUGUAUGUUUAUCUCUAGAAGCAUAUGCCUGCCCUACCGCUCUUAUGGAUGGAUCCUUCCAAAUGGCAUACUGGGUCACUACACUGGGCUGCCAAUACUUACCUUCUGCUCGCUCCUAAAAUCAACGUGAAAGGUCGCAUGGCUCUCCUCAUGCUGGUGGCCGUUGUAUGGGCCUUCACAUGGCUUCUAUGGCGUGCCUACUCGGUCCUGACCACUCCCAACGAUAUUCUUGUCGAAAAACUCGGUCUCGAUAUCCCUCCCACUCCGCUUAUAACCCUUGAAGAGAUCUCGGAGCACGAAUUACAAAUUACGUGGAAGUAUUCGGAACCGUCCACUUCUGUCCAAGAGCAUCAUGUUGAGGUAAACGGGAGACUGAUCGGGACAACAAAAAAACAUGAUAUGGGCGCGGCUAUUUACGAUCUUGUUCCGGGCAGCAGAUAUGAUAUUCGCGUCUUUUGUGUCAGCUCCACAGAUUUCCAAACACCCAGCCAACCUCUUCACGUCCGCUUGCCUGGCUCAACGCCUGCCGCCUCGCAAGAUGAAGCCUUUGAAUCUAUGCCCAAAGUCCGGGCCAUUGCUAUCCGAAACGCUGCUUCGCUCGCUCCUGCGCCGGCGCCUACUAUAGCGCGGGAGUUCAGUGGUGGACAACCAACAACGCGAAGGGGAACGACUGGCCGGAGACCGUCGCCCGCGAAUCACGGGGUCGAUUCGCAGCAGGCUCAGGAUAUUGCAUCACGAGCCAUGGAUGAAGAGGAGGAUGGCGACCUUGCGGAACUAUCUCAAAAAUUCCAAAAGGCCCAACAAGACAUAGACGCGGUUGAGCAGCAAAUCCAAGACGAGGACAGAGACUUCCAAGCGUCGCUCAAGGAGUUAGAGGCACGCCGAGACGAGUUGAAACAACUUCUGAAGGAUCGAGAUGAAGCAAGCAGCGAUUUGCGCAAGCAAGUGCACAAGGCCGAAACCGCGAGCAGGACGGCUUUGAAUGAAAAGACGAAGAAAGAACGCCUGCUGCAACAGCGCGAGAACCAGAGGCGAAAACGUCGAGACGACAUCGCCAAAUGGGAAGAGCAGACUGCCUGGAUGAAAGAAGAAAUUGCGGGUAUCGAGACACAGAAGGCUGCGAUCGAGCAGAGAGCGAAGUCCGAUCUAAGGGAGAUCCGCAGGAAAAUUGAAGAGGAGCAGAAAGAGGUGCAAAUGCUAGAAGAAGACAACAAAGAAAAGGCCAUGCAGAUAAAGGCCAUGGAAGAAGAGCGACAGCAGGUGAACGUUGAGGAUGAGACAGACGAGACCCGAGAGGCCGAUCGACUCGAUCACGAACGCGACAUGAGGUGGAGGGCAAGAUACGAGGCUCUUCGUCAAACACAUACAAACCUGUGGCACGAGCUGAAAAACAUUCAACAACAGGUCAAUCUCUCACAAGAGCAGAUCAAUGUCGCCCGUGCCAAUAGAGUCACUGCUAUCUCGUUUGCACCGAUACCUCCAUUCGAUCCCGAGAUGUAUCGACCCAACAUUCGGCAAAUUCGACGGCCGCGCCACACCAGUUCCCAUGGGAGUAGUAUUUCCUCACCCCGGGGCCCUUUCAAUGGCCCUGAGCCUAUGCCGUCGGUUUUGCAAUACAAUUCGGUUGCAAACAUGUCGCCCACGUCCUUGUUGCCCAGCUUUUUCAACCCGCAGAAUGGGAUGACCUUCAUCCCAUCGGGCAUUAAUACUUCUACCGCUGACGAUGUCGAGCCUAUCGCCAAUGUCCCGAUGAGUCCACGGGCAGACCUACUGCUCCCGGCGGACCUCCUUGGAGAUGAAUCCGCGGAUGAGCUUCCAGAUGCAGAGCUUACAGCUGAUCCGAAGCGCUCCUCGGAACCUGGCACAAUGCCAUUUCCCAAAAUUGGCUCUCCUGCGUUGCAAGAAGCUCGUCGUACACAGACGCCAUCUUCAGGAUCUUCUUCAGGGCGGUCUUUUUCAAGUCCGAUGCAAACUUCAGCACCUGCUGUUGAAACAGAGAAAUCAUCAGAUUCGGGACACAAGUCGGACGAGAAACCCCUGGAAAAUAUCGAGGAAGAUGCGCCUCAGCAAUCCGCCAAACCCAGGUACAUGUCGAUGUCCUCUAUGUUCGGCCUCAACAGGCAGCGUGGGAAAACACUGGCUGACCAGCCCCCUCUACUUGGAUCUCUCAAGUCAGGCCAGAGUCAGUCAUUCCCGAGAGAAGUGGACGAGUUUGACCCAAGCUCACAACCCAGAAGACGCCUUAGUUAUGGUGGGAAUUGGGCUUUCCCUGGGACUUUGUUAAAGGGUCACGGUGCUGACGAGAAGGACCCAGAGUCCUCACGUUUAGCUUCUGCCCGCCGCUUUGGUAUCCCUGGGUUUGGGAAAUCUGCUACGCCGUCCGGCACGUAUGAUCCUUUUGGGAUCCGUUCAAGCUCGUUUGAUCCUGGUCUUCGGGGCGACACUUCUUCGCCUCGACCGUCUUCUACCUAUUCGUUCGACAAAAUGCCCCGUCCUUCGUUGGAAGCCCAAUUUAAUGCAUGGAAUUUAGACAAGGCACCGAUCAGGAACAGCCCACUGGCGCCGGACUGGAAGUCCUUCCAGUCGUUCUCUCGCAAUCACUCUCGUCGGCCGUCAGUCGUUCACGGAUCCACAAGCAAUUUGUCGCUACCACAGAAUGAGCAGGUAGUCAUCGAACCUGAUCGGAAACCAAUGCGACCGUUACAGGCGCCCAUUGGCACUCGGCCGAAGUCAUCCCAACAAGCCUCGACUCCCAAGCUCAAUCCUGCAGCACCGUCUUUCACCACGAUAUUCGGCAGAAGAGGCGACAAGACCAAGGAGAAGGCAAAGACGAAAGAAUCCAAAGAGAAGCUGACUGAUCAAGAGGCCGCGUCGCCUCCUGAAUCAAGGAAAUCGCGUGGAGACACUGGUUCCCUUGCGGCCACCAUUUCGACACUGGAUUCUGAUACUCUCGAUCGGACAGUAUCUGCGACCAGUGCCAAUCUGUCGGUGGAAAGUACUGCUUUUAGCAAACCGACUUUCAUCUCCAAGAUCACAAGAAAGGCCAGCAGCAAUAAGUUUGGAAGCUGGAAAGAAAAAGGUGGAGGUCUAUUCUCUAGAAAAGAAACGUCACUCCCCAAUGGUGAAAACGAGGAAGAACAAGGAUCCAGCGAGUAUCUCCACCUCGGAAGAAGCUUGGAGAGUACAUCAACUACUCCCAGCGCUGAAGAAAAGAAGACCAGCAGGAGUAGCCUAAGCAACUGGAACUUUAUGCGCAAGAGCAAGAAGGGAAAAGAAGACUUGACUGCGAGCGAGAUCAGUGAGAGUAGUGAACGUGCUAGCGACUUGGGAGAUGAAAUGGAGGAGGAAGAGGUAUGAUGAGAUGAGAUUUUAUUGAUUCUAAGUAGAGAGUAAGAAGAGUCUUUGCUUUGCUGGUACUGUCGGGAACGUCGUGGUUUUAGCUGCUUUGUAGAUGAUCAAUAUUAAAUUUCAAGAUA